AUGAGGCUUGAUCCAGUGCAUUUCUCCAUGCUAGUCAUCGGGGUCUCGUUCGCCUGUUACGCCCCGAGUCUCAACUCCCUCCAGGACCAAGCGUACCGAUCAGCUGUGGUCAUUGAGGGCGAGGUGCGCUCCUCCCCGGAGAACGUCUCCUCCCGGGAGCCCUACAGUGUGAAUGUCAAAGUGCUGGACGUGUGGCCCGUCAACAGCGGCGGCCUCGAGAGAGAGCAGCUCGUCACCGUCGGGGACUUUAGUUCCGAGGCCCCAUGCACCACGGUGGAGAAGGACCACAGAUAUAUCUUUUUCAUGGACCCGACCGGGGAGCCCGACGUGUUCAAGGCGUCGUACGCCCCCGUGGACGCCAGUGAGCCGGAGCUCAAGAAGGAUGUGGAGCGAGUGUUGUGCGAGGACUGCGCCUCUGUUCCUAAACUACGACUGAUGCCAGGCCAGUCUCUGAUGGAAGGGGAUAAACUGUACUUGAAGUGUGAAGCGUCAGGGAAUCCAAGCCCUUCUUUCCGCUGGUACAAAGAUGGACAUGAGCUUCAGCGAGCCAGAGACCUCAGAAUAAAAAACAACAAAAAAAACUCCAAGGUGCUGAUUAGUCGAGUGCGUGUGGAAGACUCUGGAAACUACACCUGUGUGGCUGAAAACUCAGUUGGACAAGAAAACGUCACAAGUAUUAUCAGCGUGCACAUCUUAACCACCACCACCUUGUCCCUGGGUGUGAGUCAUGUGAGGCAUUGCAACGACACGGAAAAGGCUUACUGCAUCAACGGUGGAGACUGUUACUUCAUACAUGGUAUUAACCAGCUUUCUUGCAAGUGUCCCAAUGACUAUACGGGGGACCGUUGUGAAAACUCCGUCAUGGCCGGUUUCUACAAGCUUCUCAGAAUUGAAUUUAUGGAGGCCGAGGAGCUGUACCAAAGGCGGGUGCUGACGAUCACAGGAAUCUGUGUGGCCUUGUUGGUGGUUGGCAUUGUUUGUGUGGUGGCCUACUGCAAAACCAAGAAGCACAGGAACAGGAUGCAGCAUCACCUCCAUCAAAACCAGAAUCAAUGUGUGGAACAACCCAACCGCAUGCUGGCCAACGGGCCCAACCACCCCGGGCCUGGUCCCGAGGAAAUUCCCAUGGUUGAUUACAUCUCCAAGAGUGUCCCUACCACAGAAUGUGUCAUCAGCCACGGAGCUGAAUGUGCUGGCAACUAUGCAGGCAGCAGAAUGUCUACCCGCUCACAUCACUCGACCACUGCCUCACAUGCAUCCAGACAUGAGGAGCAGACAUGGAGCAUGGAGCGAACAGACAGCAUGAAUUCAGACUGCCAGUCAGGUGGCCUGUCCAGCUCUGUUGGAACCAGUAAAUGCAGUAGUCCAGCUUGUAUGGCAAGGAGAGCCCACUGGGGCUGUACUGAUGUUUCCAGUCCGGGAAUGCAGUAUGGAGAUUCCUAUGACUCACUAAGAGAUUCACCUCACAGUGACAGGUAUGUGUCCGCGCUGACCACGCCAGCUCGCUUGUCUCCGGUGGAGUUCCACUACCCGCUGCUGCCGCCCCAGGUUCCUAUCUUCCACAUCACAUCACCCAACGCAAGCCACGCCCUCUCCCUACCACCUGCCACUGCAGCCUACCACAGAGAUGAUGACCAGCCGCUGCUAAGAUGCCCUGAUGAUCACAGUUUGUACAGGCAGCCUCGACGACCGCGUCGACCCUACCUGACGGAGAGCACAGGAAGUCUCCCAUCUAGUCCCUACCGUCUGCCUGAUGAAGAGGCAUAUGAAACCACGCAGGAGUACGCCUCCUCAAGGGAGCCUAUCAGGAGUCGACGGCGCCCGCGACGCAACCGACUCAAUGGACACUUAUCUCAGAGGUCAGCGGGCCUACGGGACUACAGGUCACAGAGCUUCAGCCAAUCAGAGGAGGAAGAGGAAGAGGAAGAAGACGAAGGUCAAGGGGAGCACACGCCUUUCCUCAGUAUGCAGAACAUGAACAUGGACCUGCCUUUAACCGUGCCAGGUUUCCACUCAUCGUCAGGGGCCGACGCACGGACUCACAGCAGGCUGAGUCGGCCGGGGAAUCGGAGCAACGGGCAGAGUCGCAGCGCACAGUCGCAGCGCUUCAAGUCAGACAACAUGCCCCUUUAAGACUGCACCCGCAACCCCCACCCCCACCCAUGCAGACCUGCCCUCCCAUUCCACACACACACCACUCCACCUCGCACACACCUCUUCCUUCUUCUGGACUAGAGACAUGCACCAAGGAGAAAUAUUUUUAUUUUGUAUAACAGACAGAUAUUGUAAACAAAUGAAAUAUUUAUUUUGAUUUCAGCAAAAAUUGUCUACUAGCUAACAGCAAAGACUUUUUUUAUAAUGGGGGGAAAUAUUUAUAUGUAAAGGUUUUUUGAUUUACAGCAGUAUGAGAGACGAAAAAGUGAGAAUUACGUGCCAAUUUUUUCACAAGUUAGAUAAAUAGAAUAAUAUUGUGGUGCCUUUUGCUGUAUGCUCAAGUCGGAGGUCCCAUUGAGUUUUGUAGCCUUUCUUAUAAACACUUCUCAUUUUUAUAGAGACCGAUCCUCUUCCUUACUUUAGCUUUUUUUUUUUUUUUUUUUCUCUGAUUUGGGAUCCUCCUCUUUUUGAACUGUGAUCUGAUUAUGUCAUCAUGCAAUAUUGAGUCUUUCUGUGUAAAAGUUGUCUGUUUACAUAGUUUUGAUUCACGCAACGCACUCGUCUCACAGACGCAUUUGGGUAGUUUUGUCACUCGGAUGAAUAUGCAUCAUUCAUUUACAUCUCUGCUCACUGCCCGAUUUUUUUGUCCUGUGAGGAGUGGAAUUGUGACUGGCGAUGCGACAUCACAUUCUGAUGUACGUGAUCAGGGUUUUGAGAGUGUCCACAGUAUGUGUGAGAGCCUCAUGAAGCCUCAUGUGGGUGGUGUCUUGUUUUACUAGCACGUUCCUUUCAACAAUCUUCGCGCUGCCAGAAGCUCCAUUGCACUGACCCUUCCCACGUGAGCAGUCUUUGGCCUCCCGAAACCCACCUGUUGAAAUCCAGCCUGACUCUGGCCUCCUGUGGACUGCCAAGGCCACAUAUUUCCUAUGCCAGCAGCUUAGAGCCGCACUGUGUCUCAGGACUUCCCCAUCACAUCACAGCCAAAAGACUUGAGCGGUGAGCGCUCGUCAUCUCGACAACCUCUGUUCGCAGGCCAGAAUCACCCCCCCAGCCCCACCCACCCUCACUCCCCUUGACCAAGCCUGAUGCGUUCAGGUGAGGGGUGCGAUUAAGAACGUGUGCGAAGGAAAUGGAAGAGAGAUUCGCUUUUCUUUUUGAACAUCAAGAGGUUAGUGCUGUGUGAAAGUGGUCACGCAUGUUGCAAAUGAGUCUACAUCUGUUCACAUCUGACGCCGGGGCGUAGCACAGAAUUUCGUGCACCCCAUGCUCACUUUGGGUUCAUUUCUUUUAGUGCUACUGUAAUGUUUGUGACACUCUGAGAAAAGUCAUCACGUUUCACUGCUCUCAUGGGAAAGAAAAUUAUUCAAAUGAAGGCAGGGCUGGCUCAAGGCCAAUCGCUGGUGUAACACUUAUUACUGCAUCCUGCCUUGAUAUGUAUCUCAAUACUUUUAUUGUUAAACUUAUGUUGUUUGGUCACCUUGACUGAAUGCUCUGUUCUACGUUUGUCUCCGCCUACCCCUUUUGUGUCUUUCUUUAGCCCUUUGAGACCUUCUGAAACAUUGGUGAAUCAAGGCCCCAUCACACUACAGUAUUAUACGUAGUAGCGAUGACACCAGAAACCCGUAGAUUUCAGAUAUGUACAGUGCAUUGGGUCUAGAGAGCCUUCCAGGUUCAAUGUAUCAAAUACGAUAAUCUUCACACUUUAUUGUUUUCACACAGGAGAUGCAUGGCUCAAGGUAAAAAAUGAAAAGAAAAAAAAAGUAUAUUUAAAAAGAGAAAACCCUUCAAACCAGGGGUACAGUUAGAAUGAUAUCAACAAAACACAUUAUUUGGCUUCUUGGCUCUGAGAUCUGCCUAGUUUUGUCUUAUUAUCACUCGAAUCAAUCUGGGACUUGCAAUGCGGAAAUACUGUGAGGGUAGUGUGCUUUUAGAGUUAGUUGAAUUGUAAACACUCCCACCCUCUUUCUCCUCACCCUUUAGCCCUCCAACCCGGACAUACAUGCAACACACAUUUCAUACACAACUAAGCACAUACACUUACAUAUAUAAGUACAUACAUGAUCACACCUGCAACGCCCUUCCAUAUCUGUGUAUGCGGCGCCGUUUGGCUCUAUCAUGUAUUUUUUUUUUUAAACAAAUUCCCUUUCUUCUCCUCCCCCCUGCAUGUC